AAGCACACAAGACAAAAACCAUACAACAUGGUAAAACUUUAGAUCAGAUUGAACAGAACAAACAAAAGGUGAAACGCAAAAAGAAUUGUCACCCAUAAACACUUAACAUUACAUAUUUUAUGCUAGUAAGCUGCAACACAUAAUGGCUGGAAAUUUUAGUCCCAUGCGUCCUCCAGGCGGGGCUCAAGGACCACCUCGACCUAUGUUUCCUGGUUUCCAACCUGGACAACCACCUGCACUGCCGACUGGCAUGCCUCCUGCUAGCAUGGGUGGAUUCUUCUCUCAACAGCAACAGAAUUCAAUGUCAAUGAUGCCUCCAGGUGGACAAAUGCCUCCAAUGUUCACAGGUCAUAUGGGUGCUGGACCACAAAUGGUUGGAGCACCACAAAUGGGAGGCGUACCUCCUGGAAUGCCUCCAAACAUGCCACAUAUGCCGUUUCAACCAAUGCCAUCUGCAAUGAAUCCUCCGUUACCAAUGGGUACAAUGCCAGGAAUGCCUAUGAUGCCAAUGGGUGCCCCAAUGAUGCCUCCUGUGGCAAUGCAACAACCAAUCAUGAGUCACAUGGGUUUUGUUGACAAAUCGAGUAGCAAAAAGAAAGAAAAGGCAGAGAAAAAGGCAGAAGUCAAGGAGAAACCGAAAAAGAAAAAGCGUGUUAAAAAGCCAAAGAAAGCCUGGACUGAACAUACUGCUCCUGAUGGUCGUACAUACUACUUCAAUGCAGAAACUAAAACUUCACUAUGGACUAAACCGGAUGAUCUCAAGACAGAAGUUGAGAAACUUCUUGAUGCAUGUGUUUGGAAAGAAUAUAAAAGUGAUUCAGGAAGAGCUUACUAUCACAACACCGAAACUAAAGAAUCAAAGUGGACCAUACCUGAAGAAUUAGAAGAAUUAAAAAAGCGACUAGAGGAAGAAAAGAAAGUAUUAGCGGAAAAACCUGAAUCUUCGAGCGAGGAAGAAGUGACUGAUGAUGGGGAGAGUGAGGAUGAGGAGAAAGCUGGCUCAGAUGAAGGAGGUGAAGAUGACACAGUACCAAAACAAGCACAAACUAUAAAAAGAGAAUGGACAUCCAAAGAAGAAGCUAAACAAGCUUUUAAAGAUCUCCUUCGAGAGAAGAAUGUUCCUAGCCAAGCCACUUGGGAACAAGCGAUGAAACUGAUAGUGCAUGAUUACAGAUUUGAGGCCUUGCAAAAACUUAAUGAGAAAAAACAAGUGUUUAAUACAUACAAACAACAAAAAGCUAACGAGGAAAAAGAACAACAUAGGGAACGUGCAAAAGAAGACCGUGAAAAGUUACGUAUAUACCUUGAAGAACACCCUCGCAUGCAUUCUCAUGUUAGAUAUAGAAAAGCAUGUGAUAUGUUUGAAAGCGACAAAAUUUGGAACGCUGUGCCAGAAAGAGAACGCAAAGACUUAUUUCAAGACGUUCUGCAUUAUUUAGCUGGUCGAGAAAAGGAGGACGAAAAGAAAAUGCACAUUUAUAAUAAGCAGUAUAUGUAUGAUAUAUUCUCUGAAAUACCGGGUUUGAGUUACAGAUCUUUGUGGAGCGAAGCACAAGAUCUUAUCAAAGACCACCCACGUUACAAAAAUAAUGAUAAAAUACAAGAAAUAAUGAUCGAAGAUAAGGAGGAUGCAUUGGCUGCAUUUGCUGAUUUCAUCAGAGAGCUUGAAAAGGAUUACGAAGAAGAACGUAUUCAUGAAAAAAAUCGAGUCAAACGUCAGCAUCGGAAAUACAGAGAAGCUUUCUGCACUCUACUUGAUGAGCUUCAUAAAAAAAGUUAUAUCAACUCCAUGUCACGCUGGAUGGAUCUGUUUCCUAAAAUAAGUUCUGACGACCGCUUUACAAAUAUGUUGGGAAUACCAGGUUCUACGCCACUCGACCUUUUCAAAUUCUUUGUAGAGGAUUUGAAGUCACGAUACAGCGACGAAAAGAAAAUUAUAAAAGAAAUACUUAAGGACAAACAGUUUGCUGUCGAUGUCCGUACUCCCUUCGAAGAUUACAAUAGCAUCGUAAUAGGUGACCAUCGCUCUGAAACGCUAGAUCCUGGCAACAUAAAGGCUGCAUUUAAUAGCAUGCGCGAAAAAGCCGAGUCCCGCGAAAAAGAACGAGCAAAGAAAGAAGAACGGGAGUCACGACGCAAAGAGAGUUCAUUCCGUGCCAUUUUAAAACAAGCUGCUCCACCUCUGGAAAAUGGUGACAAGUGGGAAGAUGUUCGUAAGCGUUUUGAGAAAGAAGAAGCCUUUCAAGCUGUCGUUUUGGAAUCAGAACGAGUCCGGUUAUAUAAAGAAUGGAUGGAAACGUAUAAAACGAGAAAGAAGAAAGAAAAGAAAAAACACAAGAAGAGAUCUGGCUCGGAUUCAGAGGAAGAUGAAGAAGUGCGAGAGUCUCGCAGUAAGAAGAGGAAACAUAGAGCCAGGUCUAGAUCCAGAUCACGUACGCCGUCAGAUAUAGAUGAAUCGCCAGAACAAGAAGAAAAGAAAAAGAAAAGAAAGAAGAAGUCAAAGAAAAAAAAACAGAGAAGUCCAUCUCCAUCCGACGGUGAAUCAGAAGUAGAAAGCCGAAAGAAAAAGAAAAAAGAAAAACGAAGAGAACAAUCUGACGAAUCUGAAGACGGAGAGACUGUCUCUCCUCCACAUAAAAAAGGAAAAAAAGACAGAAAAAAGGAGGAGUGGGAGUCGUCUAGCGAAAGCGAAUCUGAACUUCAAUCUCGUCGUAAAGAAUUAUUACGAAAGUUAAGAGCGUCGACAAGCCACGCUGAUUCUGAUUAGUUAAAGCUGCACUGGAAAAGAUCAACACCAUAAGAGAAAGACACGCUUUGAGAGUUUCAGAGAGAUAGCAUGUGUGUGUGUAAAAUAUCCGCUGUGUGUUACCAUGAAGAAGUGGAAACUCUAGUUGUAGAAUUUAUUUGGAGUAUUCAACGUUUUUAAUCC